CGGCUCAGCGGGGCUCCAGCACACAGCAGAUGCGGAGCCGGGAUGAGAUGCGUGUUGCUGCCUGUUGUGUGUCCUCUGUGCGUCGAUUUUACUCUAAAAACGAACAACAAACAAAACUAAGUGCGUGCAGGAAGGAGACUGAAGUUACACUCUGGCUGUGGAUGAAGCUGCAGACGGAUGUGAAAGUGGAGAGAAAGUGAAUCUGGAGGGACUUUUGUUGGAGACUCGUCUCUGGACUGCAGCUCGCCGGUUCUUUGUGCGGCGUGUUGCAGCUUUAUCCAUUUGGGCAGAAAGUAUUUUGCUGUAAUUCAUCUUCCUCCCCCCCUUUCUUCCUCCCUACUUUUCCCAGGCCUCCAAGAUAGAUUCCCUCAGGAGUAAAGUGGACUUGCUGCGCCUCCCUCUGGCCCUCUCCUCCAAGUCCAUCAGCAACUGCAAGUCCCAGUUGGGCGUGGCCUGGGAGAAGGGCGGCGGCUCGGGGACGGGAGUGGCCUGGAAGCUCCGCCCACCGCCGGCCUCUGACAUGGACAACGAGUCGACGUACUCGGGCUACUCCUACAAGUCGUCCCACUCAAGAAGUUCCCGCAAACACAGAGAGAGAAGGGACAGGCAUCGCUCAAAGAGUCGCGACAGCACCAUCCGUGGAGAUAAAUCAGUGAUCAUCCAGGCACCAGGGGAGCCGCUGCUGGACGCUGAGUCCACCAGAGGAGACGACAGGGAUGACAACUGGGGUGAGACCACCACAGUGGUCACCGGCACCUCUGUGGACAGCAUCUCCAACGAGGACCUGACACGGAUCUCUAAGGACUUGGAGGACUCUUCGCCACUCGAAUGCCGCCGUUACCUCAGCCCAGCAUUAGGAGGCGUCCUGGGGCUCAUCUCUCUGAUCACUCCUCUGGCCUUCCUGGCCCUCCCACAGCUCCUGUGGCGGGACACGCUGGACCCUUGCGGCACGCCAUGCGAGGGUCUUUACAUUUCUCUGGCCUUCAAGCUCCUCAUCCUCCUCAUCUCCACGUGGGCGCUGUUUCUCCGGCCGCCCAGGGCCACUCUGCCACGCUUCUUUGUCUUUCGCUGUCUGCUGCUGGCGCUGGUCUUCCUCUUCGUGGCUUCCUAUUGGCUGUUCUACGGGGUGCGGGUGCUGGAGCCCAGAGAGACGGACUACAGGGGGAUUGUUGGAUAUGCGGCAUCUUUGGUGGACGCGUUGCUGUUCAUUCAGUACCUGGCUCUGGUGCUGCUGGAGGUCAGACAUCUACAGCCGGCUUUCUGUCUGAAGGUUGUGAGGAACACAGAUGGAAUCAGCCGCUUCUACAACGUGGGACAUCUCAGCAUUCAACGGGCAGCUGUGUGGGUUCUGGACCAGUAUUACAGUGACUUCCCUGUCUAUAAUCCUGCCCUGCUUAACCUGCCCAAGUCCAUCCUCACCAAGAAGAUGUCUGCCUUCAAAGUCUACAACCUGGGGGAAGAGAACAACACCAAUAACUCCACAGGGCAGUCCAGAGCCAUGAUCGCAGCCACUGCCCGGAGAAGAGACAACUCCCACAACGAGUACUACUACGAGGAGGCGGAGGUGGAGCGAAGGGUCCGCAAACGCAAGGCCAGACUGGUGGUGGCAGUAGAAGAAGCUUUCACCCACAUUAAACGUCACCAGGAUGAAAAUGCAGCUACGUCCUCACCCAAACACCCGCGGGAGGUGAUGGACCCCAGAGAGGCAGCUCAGGCCAUCUUCGCCCCCAUGGCACGAGCCAUGCAGAAGUACCUCCGGGCCACCAGGCAGCAGUCCUACCACACCAUGGAGAGCAUCAUCAACCAUCUGCAGUUCUGCAUCACGCACAAUAUGACCCCCAAGGCUUUCCUUGAGCGUUACCUCAUCGCCGGUCCCACCCUGCAGUACCUGGACAACAGCAGGGGGCGCCAGUGGACUCUAGUGAGCGAGGAGCCGGUGACGGCCUCUUUACGCCAAGGUCAGGUCUUCUGCCUGAGACGCCGCGACUUCUCCCUGGUCGUCACGGUAGCGCCUCUUCCCUUCCUGCGCCUGGGUGAGGAGUUCAUCGACCCCAAAAGCCACAAGUUUGUCAUGAAGCUCCAGUCAGAGACGUCUGUGUAAGAGGAGGAGGAGGAUCGCUGGAUGGGAAAAAGGAGGAGGAGGAUGAAUCAGAAUACUAAUCUGUCAGGGUAUUUUUUUUAUAUCGUUUAGUAUGACAUAGCUACUUUUCAUGAUUAGUGUUUCUUGAUAAUUGCGGCAUCCAAAUAUGCAAAGGUUAAAAUAUCAUAAACAUACAGAAAGGAUGAGGUAAGGCAGCCAAAAAUACCCCAUCACUGACUUUGUUCCUCUUCUUGUUCUGAGAAACAAAAACAAAUCCAGACACUCGUUUCUGUAAAUGCUGACUGUGAACUUCUCUUAAUGCACUGACGAUGCUUCCAGUUCCCGUCAUAGUGAGGAACACUGGUGUUUAGUAGCAUUUCCGUACAAUUGUAAUGAAUUCUUUUGAUAAAAAUGUUAUCGUUUUGGUUAAAAAUGAACACCUGGAGCUUGAGUCACUUGUUUUUAUUUACCAGUGUUGGAUGCCUUUUUUAUACACAAUCAGACUUGAGAGGCUUCACUUCAACCAGCUUUUCCUUAGAACUGAGUAUAGUUCCUUUUUUCCCUUCCUAUUCUUUGUCCACUUGGCCUUCAAGGGCAAGAACCAACACAAAAGGACAGUGGGCCUUUUGUGUUGACUGUAUUCACAGACUGAAUCAAUGGGACAUGAAACUGCUUUGGAACUGCUUCCAGUAUUUUGGAUUCCACUGAAAAAUUGUCUUAAAAAGUGCACAAACCUACUGAGGAUGAAGCAUCAAGGAGGACUGGGCUGAACAUUUUGUUGUUUUUUUUCCCCGUCAGUCCACAUUUAGGAAGAGCUCUACCGACAGAAAUCCUUUUUUUUUUUUUUUGGCUUGCGAUCCUGCACUGAGAACACAGCCGAUCUUCUUUAUCUUUUGUAACGCUGGUCAAUCUGGAGGAAUCUGGUGGGCAGUCCGUGAAUGUUGAGGAUGUGCACUCCUUACAUGGCACACUUUCUUCAGUUUUGGAGUCUUCAGGCUCUUGCACUGAGAGUAUUUGUUGUUUGUUCUCUGGGUGGUAGCUGCAGACCUGAAGGUUGGGUCAUACUGGGCCUGAACCCUCGCAGACUUCACACCUGCUAGUGAUCAUAUAAACCCAGUUCCAGAGCGUUACUGCUCCCCAUUGUAUUACUGUGAUUGUUAUUGGACAACAGAACAUAAAGUUUUUGAUUGAAUAUCCCUAAAUUUGCUUCUGCCAGCCAAUGAUUUUGUUGUAUUUUUGUUUAAAAAUGAACAAUUCAUCAGCUAUCAGAAUAGGUGCAAAGUUAAAUACACUAAUCACCCAUACUAGGUUUCCUGGAUGUGUGCAUUAACACUGAAGCUGCUGUAUAUAGUCAGGGUCAGCAGCAGGCCCCGAGCAGGUUAAUCCAGCCUUUUGUGUAUCUUUUAAUUCAAAGAUGUUCUUUUGACACUACAGAUAGAGAUUGUUGUGCCACUGACAAGUUUACGUGUACAUGCAGUUUUCUGAGAUUGUAUUUUCCUGUUCUUUCUUUUUUAAAAAAUUUGAACUUUGUCACUUUGUUAUACAACAAACUAAACUCCUAACAUUUGUCCCUGAAGGACGUUGUCUUUAAAAGCAGGAAGAUUUGCUGUUCCAUUUUGUUUUCAUGAACAAAGUUAAACUGGAAUGUUUUUAAUAAAUAAUCUCAUGCGAA